CCAGAGGAGGAAGACGUAUUGCCACAGGCUCCAGCAGGCCAGUUGCCUUCACUUCUCGCCUCAGAGCUGUCCCUUGACCCAGCGCUGGAUUUUAGGCUGACAAGCCAGCCUGGAAUACGACAGGGCCCUCCAUGGAUCUGCCUUAUUACCAUGGCCCUCUGACCAAGAGAGACUGUGAGACCCUGCUGCUCAAGGAUGGGGUGGACGGCAACUUUCUGUUGAGGGACAGCGAGUCUGCGCCGGGAGUGCUGUGCCUCUGUGUCUCGUUUAAAAAUGUCGUCUACACGUACCGAAUCUUCAAAGAGAGACACGGGUAUUACAGGAUACAGACUGUAGAAGGGGCUCAAAAACAGAUCUUUCCAAACCUCGAGGAAUUGAUCUCCAAAUUUGAAAAGCCGAAUCAAGGUCUGGUGGUUCAUCUUUUAAACCCUGUAAGAAGAACCAGCCCCUCCCUGCAAUGGAAAAGAUCGAAGAUAAAGUUAGAUGGUAUUUAUGAGAACAGUAACAGUGAUUAUGUGGAUGUCUUGCCUUGAAGAUAAGAAGAUGGGACAAAACAAGUUAGAGAUAGGAUGGUGAGACAGCUUUCACCGGUGACCCUGCUUCUCCUGCAGAUGUCGGCCCAGAAUGCCAAAUUCUAGUGGACAGUUCAGACUCUCCUAAUAUAGGUAACUGAAGAUGUUCUGUCCACCUACCUCAGAAAAGUCACUCCCACAUCCCUGCCUCCAGAGGCAUACACCAUGAACAACCUCAAAACCCCUCUUCCCUUCUCAUUCUUCUACCCUGGAAUGGAACAGCCUGACCCCGUUCUUCUUGACUUGCGUAAAGCACUACCACUACACCAUGGUUGACACCUUCCUUCCAUCCGGCAACCAGAAGGGCAGCUUCACACAGAGGAGAAUGCAGUUGGCUGGGAGCUGGGAGCCUGGGACUCAGUCCUGGCUCAAUCACUGGAUCUGUGUCUAUGGGUGAAGCUCUUCCCCUCCUAGGUUCAUAAAACAAGUGGCUGGAUGGGCUGCUGCACAAGUAUCCCAGCCUCUCUGCUGAGCCUGGUUGUGUCAGGUGAAGCUGGGGAGACUGAGAGUGAAGGAUGUAGACAGGAGCAGUAAGGGGUCAAGGUCCCAGCCUGUGCAAAUGGGUAACACAACCUGUGCACCUGCCUGCACUGCUCUAGGUCAUGGUGGGCGCCCUUUGAUAGGACUCCCACCCACCCAUCCUCUCCCUCCAGCCUGCUUAAUAAUUCAUUAAUUAAUAAAAUGCUUUCAUCUCCCUCCUCCCUUUGAUUUGUGGUUCCUCCUUUAUAAUAUAUCACAACAGUUGUAAUACUUUGACUAUGGAUUGUCUUGUUGUCUAGGAGCCUCUCUUCGUUUUUAUUUUUCAAAAUGGACUUCACUAUUCAUGGACCUUUACUCUUCCACCUAUAUUUAGAAUAAAUCUUUUAAUUUGCUCAAAAAAUUCUGCUGAAUUUUUGGAUGAUUUUCUAAUGCAUUUAUGAUUAAUUAGGUGAAAACUGAUAUUCUCGUGAUAAAUUUUCCCAAGCAUAAACGUGCUACACCCACUUACUUCACCUCAGAAGUCUUAUGCAUUCUCUGUUAGAUUAAUUCCUAAUUAUUUAGAGUUGUUAUAACCUACAGUUAUAACAACUUAUAUAACUUAUAAAACCAUAGGUUAUAACAAUUAUAUUUUAUUAUAUUUCUAGCAGGUUAUGACUGUAGAGAAAUGCUGCUAAAUUCUGUAAGUUGAUCUUAUAUCUGGAAACCUUACUGAACUGUCUUAUCAGAUCUUCUAGUUUCCCUAAUGAUUCUGUUGUUUUUUUAUGUACAGAAUUUUGUUAGCUGCAAAUAACAGUUUGAUCACUUUCAGUACUUAUGCCAUUUAUUUAUUCUUUCAUUUAUAUGAGGGCCUCCUGUAUGCAUUAAACAGGAGAGGUGAUAGUGGGUAUUCUUGCAUUAUUCCCAAUAUUACAGGUAAUACUUAGACAUUUUCUCCAUUAAGCAUGAUUUUGUUGUAGAUUUUAGAUAAAAUCUUUAUCUAAUCAAAACUCUAUUUUACACUUUUUAUUAGAAAUAUGUUUUGAAAUGUAUUAGGGUCUUUUUCUGCACUUUUAAGGU